AUGGAAAACUCAGCAAUACAAACAUUAGAGACUGCUGCUCAGAUGCUGAUGGCACCGCCAGAAAUGGUGUCAUCGCAGCAGCGCCACCAGGCAGAAAGCGUAUUCCUGGAAUUCCGGAGCACUAAAAACCCCUACCAGCUGUGCAGGGAACUCUUGGAGAAGUCUUCUUCUGACUAUGUGCUGUUUGAGGCAGCUGGGUUAUUGAAGUCAGCGUUAAUUAGAGAAUGGAGCUUAUUGUCUGCAAAUGAUAUUUCAUCCCUGAGGGAAUACUUGUUGAAUUUUCUUCUUAGGUCAGAUACACCUCCAUUCCUGAGAGAAAAGUUAUUGCAGACUAUUGCUAUAAUCAUCAAGAGAGGCAGUAUUGAUGAUGGAGGCAGAGAAAGGAGAGCAUUAAUUGGUGAACUAGAAAAAAUGAUUUUGAGCUCUCCUAUAAGUCAGCAAAAAUUGGCCUGCUCACUAAUUUUAGCCAUUAUGCAAGAAUAUGCUAUUACUGUAAAAUCUGCCGAUGUUGGGCUCAUAUGGGAAGUUCACUUUCGACUCAAGAAGUCAUUUGAAGGAGUUGAUUUGAAGAGGAUAUUCCGUUUUACUGUAGGUGUAUUGGAGCAGAUAGUACGCUCUGGACACCGGCCUGAAGGGGAGCAAGCUAUGCUGACUAAGCAACUUCUGACAAUUGUUGAAACAGUCUUGUGCUGGAGCCAUGUCUCUCCUCUGCUGUCGAAGAGGUUAAUCGGCGCAUUUGAGGCUAUAUACGAAAGUGAUACAGCCCCAGCAUUGCGGUUAAGUCUAAGCUGGAGGGACACUAUAAUGCAGCCAGAACUCAUUGCAUUAUUCUUCGAGAUACACAUGUACGUGAGGUCAAACCCGGAGUUAGCUAACCCGUCUUUAACCUGUCUAGUGCAACUGGCUAGUUUGAGUGGUGUUGUGGUCCAUGUUGGUAAUUUAAAGCAGCAGUAUUUGGAGAACUAUGUGAAUAGUUUUAUGAACAUGAUGGCAUAUGUUCAGCCAGUGGAUAGGGAGAUGCUUGGGAUAUCUGAUAUUCAUAGGCGACUGAUUCAGUUUUUCGCUCCCCAAAUGAUAGCAUCUACUCCGCCAGCAUUUCUGCAGAAUUUGACAUCUUUAACAUGUACAUGCAUCAGGGCGUCAGUUGUUGAAGAAGUGACAAAUGAAGACACAGUAUGGAGGGAGUCUCUGAAUAAGUUCCUGCACACAUGGAGCUCCCUUGCCCACGAUCCCGAUGGAUUCUCCAAUGAGACCUUGAUGAAUCCUUGUAUAGAAGUCUUCAACACUUACCUUCAAUGCAGACUGGCACCCCCUGAUGGGACUAGAGGCACAGCAGCUGAAGAAGAAGAUAUCAAAGAUGACAACGAGGAAGAUGAGCGGAAACUGCACAGCAACGUGUUGCUGACGAUCGGAGCGAUCGCCAGGAAGGCUCCAGCGCAUUGCUGCCACGUGCUGUUUACAUUGCUGCAAGAUAGAAGCAAGAGGCUCGAAGGACAACUACAGCUAAUGCACAUGGGUAAACUGCCAGUAAGCAAUGGUGAACAACUGGUGAGCCUGUUUGAAGACUUGCACUGGAUCCUGAUGAUUACUGGACAUUUCCUAGCCAUAGACUGCACAGAGGGUGAGACUGUGAUGAUACCACCGGAGAUCAUAAGCUACAGUAUCAGAGAGAACGCCAAUGUUGACGCUUCCCUCAGGUACUUGGUUGGGGAGAGCCAUAGCACGGAAAAUGUCGACCCGGUGUUGAAGUUGAUGGGUGAAAUCCUUCGCAUAAGCGCGUGGGAAUGCGCUGCGUUGGAAGCUGGUUUAGGAACGGUGUUCAGUCCAGAACUGUCUGCAACCAUCUCUUGGCUUUUGAAGAUAUGGUCCAACUCUUAUUUGAUGCCGCAGACGUCAGUCUACUCUGAGAUGUCGCCGAUCCUAGAGUGCGCUUUCGGACGGUCGUCGCGCGGCGUGUCGUGGGUGGUGUCGCGGCUGGCCAGCCGCGCGGGCGCGUGCCUGCGCCACCUGGCCGCCCACCCCGCCGCCGCCGCGCAGGCGCUGCAGCUGCUGACUACCCUCGCGCACGCGCAGCACAAACAAAACCCCCUGGCCAGUUGCGAGGAGUUCCUCAACCUGGUAGCGUGGGAAGCUUCCGGGAACAACCUGCCCGGUGAACUGAGGAAAGAGUUGCACAGAGCUUUCGCCAUCUGUGCCACUUAUGCUGAAGGAGAUGUAAGGAAUCGUCUACUAUCCAGCACGGUAGCGCUACAGGAGAAGCUUAUGAACCUGAUCAACAUGGAAUCCGAUACCGAGCCAGUGCGAAACAUGCUAGCGGACACUUUGGAUUGCUUCAUUGGAGUCACUGAAGGAAUGCUUGAGGUGGGAACAAUGGACGAGCAGUUUAUGAUGCUGAUCGGCGCCAUAGACAAGGUCCCCGGGAUCAUAUUCCGCUACCAUAACUACCCUGGCGUGGUGUUGCCAGCUCUCAAUCUAUUGGCGAAGAGCGCCAAGCGGAUGCUACACUCGGUACAGCCGCAGAAUGUCAACAAGUUCCUAGAAGUGUGCAAUACUACAUUUGAAGUAUACAUGAGGUGGAAUUCCGGGAAAAUAUCAAGCAUUCCGCAAGAUGCCGAAGAAGAAGCUUAUGAGGACAUCUGCGCGCUAAUGGAAAUGAUAUGCUGCAUCGCCCGUAGCGGGGCACAGCGGACGACCACGUCACCAGGCGCCGUCGGCGUCGGCGAGACAUGUGCGCGUGGUUUGCGCCUGCUACUACCACUCAUUACGCCGGCGCUAUUGGCGCUGCCCACGCUCGCGCACCACGCCUACAGGAUGCUGCGCGACCUGGACGCCGCCGACCAGUUAACUACACUUCCGAUCGGAGACUACAACAUGGUGGUGACGGCACUACGCGUUGGACUUACCGCUGUCUCGUACGACGUGUCAACCCUCUGCUGCGACACCAUAGUCGGGCUCGCCAACAAAGCGCGCACGCUAGGUGACGACAACCCAUUCGCUUUGUCCCUUCUAACCCUAGCUGAACUGUUACUCAUGCUGAUCAUCAAGAUGGAAAUCCCUCCGGACUCCAUCCCAGCCGCGGGCGCCGCUAUAUACGCGCUCACGUGCGUCAAACCGGCGCUACUAGAAGGCCUCGCGCGUCAGCUGAUCGAGGCCUUCGCGGUCAACGACCCCGCCAGCGUGCCGCGACUCGAAGAAGCCUUCGGCAUACUCACCAACGGAGUCCUCUUCGACGGCCUCCGCCCACACAAACUGCGCUUCCAGGACAACUUCGAUAAGUUCCUAGCCAGUGUGCACGGCUUCCUCAUCGUAAAAUAACUUCUAAUAGACGACUGCAUGUGAUUUCUUCUUAUCGGCGUCCUGUCGGUCAUACGAUUGGCGCGAGAGCAACAGUGGUAUUUCAAAAAAGCUGAAGCUCUCGAACGCCGCGUACUUCCUAAUAUUGAUUGUUUAACGACAAUCGAACGAGGCCUAGACCUCGCCUUUGUGUAAUCUCUAAUUCAAAUGCAGUAGCAACUCUGCAGGCUUUUAUAGCGAAUGACAUUAUGAAACGACGCCUCAUUGGCGUCAUCUGACAUAACCUAUUCAUAUCGUUAAUGUUUUAACUAGAUUUUAAUUGUGAUUCAGGACGAGCUAUCUUAAACUCGACGCGGUGGCAAAAUUAGCGUAAUCUUAAAAUAUUAAUGUAAUUUUGGCAUUUUUAGAAACUAGUUAUUGAAAUAAAUUGAACCAAAUGUUUUAAGAAGACUUGAUUGUUAAUAUGAUUUGCGUAUUCGUGAGACUUUAUUGCGUGUUCGAAUGUUGAUAAAAUGUGUACUUAAAUUAAUGUCUUGAAAAGUCCCUCCACGGGCUGUGUAAACUUUAUUUGUAAUGAAACACUAUUGUGUAAAUUAAUAUUUGAGAGUGUAUAAUAUGGCAUAUAAGCGCCAUAAGCGGAAAAGGCUUGUUCUAAAGAAAUAUUCUUUAAACGUUUAAUGGCCUAAACGUUAAACAGGGUGCUUUAUGACUCCAAAAUUGACUGGCUAAAUUAUUAAUGACUCUUCUUUUACACUUUUCACAGUCGCAUUUGGAGUCUGUAAAAUUUUAUUGUAGCUAUUCUUCAAAAAUUCUUUGCCAGUAACACAAAAAGUCAAUUUUAUAGUUUCGUCAGCAAAUUGCUAUCUUAUGUUCACAACGAAAAAACAAACUAUAACAAAUCUUUAAAGUGGUUGUGAAUGUGUAAAGUGCAGAAGUAAAGAUUUACUGUGGUAUUACAUAAUUAUGAAUAUAGUUAGAUUUAUUAAGUACACUUAGUACUUACGGCUAGUUAGGAGAAUUUGUGGUUUCUACUAUGAUAAGGAUUUGUAAACUGUAUUGAGUUUACAUAUUUUAUGAGAAGUGUUAAAAUGCACUUUCAAUAUUUAUUGCAGGUUUUACUCCGUCUUAUAUAUUAGCGUUAAAGUGUCUUCUGGAAUGAGCCUCGUAAUUUUUGCCAUUUGGGCGGGUAUGCUAAUUUUCGAUGCAUUGUCUAAAGAAAGUUCUUUGUAAUCUCAAUUUCUUUCAGCCAAAUUCAUUAGAAUACAUGUUAAGUACCUCUUUGUCUCGUCACUGCACACGUAGAAAUAAAUGUUUCAUAAAACUAGUCUUUCUAAAUAUUAUGUCGCAUCGCAUCCAAUAUGUGUGAUUUUACUGACGUUGUAAGUAUUGAUUUAUCUGUUUUUGAUAUAUUGUUAAGUUUAUACCUUUCUCUAUCUCUCUCUCUCUCUUUCUUCCUAUCUAUCUCUCACUCAGACAUUUAUGAUGCAAUCAAUUUAUUUUUAGACUAACAAGUCUACAUUAUUUUAUAAUUGUUUGCAAACUAUGGCAAUUUUUAUUUAUCAUAUCAUUCCCACUAAGUAAGUUUUCAAACUUGUCUAAUUGUGUGCCUAUCGUUACUUGAUAAACGAAUAAGCAACUUUAAUAUUACUGAAAUAAGAAAAAAUAUUUUCAAGAACAUUUAAUUUUAUUAAUCGUAAAAGAGAGUUGAGAGUAACAUUAUGUAAAUCCUGUAGUUAUCUCAGAGACUUAUAGCAAACAAUUUUAUUGUAUUUCUAGUUUCGAAUAUUCGUAUUAAUGAAUUGUAUGUAGCCCGAGCUUAAGAAUCUUGCAAUACCAUAAUUAAAUAACGUUUUAAUUACAGCCAUAUUAACAUUGUCUUCCUGAUAUUUUCAGCCAACUUGUACCUGCUUGAUAUUUUAGUUUUAUUUACAGUCAGGCUAUUAUUAUAACACCUUGUAGCAAGUUAAAAGCUAUUUAGUUAUUGUUAAUUUUAUUAGGCGUAGAGAUAUUUAAGUUCCUUCGUGGAAUGAUUGUUUUAUCAGUGAAACUAAAUAUCUACAUAAUGCCAUGUUGUAAAUACUCAGAACAUAUUUUAAUACCUCCCUGGUAAUACCUUUUCAAUAUCUGUAUUGCAUUGAAUAAAUUGUACAAAUUUCAUAAA